AUGGAUAUGCAGUCGCAGAUGAGACGUCCAUAUGGUGAUGAUCAAGCAGAGGAUCCAAUCAGAAUUCACCAUCCAGAGGAAGAAGAGCAUCAAGAGAAGGGAGCAAGUAAAGUGUUGAAGAAAGUGAAGGAAAAAGCUAAGAAGAUCAAGAACAGUCUUACUAAACAUGGACAUGAACACGAUCACGAUGUCCACGAAGAAGACGAUGAAUAUGACGAACAAGACCCAGAAAUGCACGGCGCACCAGUGUAUGAAUCGUCUGCUAUGAGAGGCGGUGUAACGGGUCAACCCGAGUCACUGAGUCAUCCCGGAGAAACUAAUGUCCCGGCACCGGAAGAGAUCAUUCCACCAGGGACGAAGGUUUUUCCGGUGGUAUCUUCCGAUUACACCAAACCCGUUGAAGCUGAGCCAUUACUAGAUACAGUCUACGGACACGAAGCACUGUCUGAUCCCGAUCCUGUAAGAAUGACGGACAGGGAAGAGAGAAGAGGAGAAUACUCUCAUCCACUGAGAGACAUGUCGGAGAGAGAAGAGAGCAGAGAGGCUCAUCAGAUGCCAAUGAACACUCCUGCGUCUCUGUUAUCCGGAACAGAGGAUGUGACAAGUACGUUUGCUCCUGGUGAAGAUGAAUAUCUCGGUGGUCAACGGAAAGUCAACAUCGAGAGGCCUAGAGGUUUGGAGGAAGAUUCGGCUGCUCCAGGCGGUGGGUCGAGUUAUCUAAGUGGUGUAUCUAAUUAUCAGUCCAAGGUCACUGAUCCCACCCAACAAGGAGGUGGAGAAGCUGGAGUACCGGAGAUUGCUGAGUCUCUCGGGAGGAUGAAAGUGACCGAUGAGUCUUCUAAUCAGAAAUCAGGACUUGGAUUUGAAAGAGACAUGCCGAGAGACCAAGAAUUUGGUCUGAAGAAGGAAUCGGGAAUCGGAAAAGAUUCUCCGGCGGGAUUUGGAGGGAAAUCAGGAGCUGGGAUAGGGAAAGAUUUUCCGACGAGAGGCCAUGAAUUUGAUCAGAAGAACGAUUCUGGAAUCGACAAGAAUUCGGCGACGGGAUUAGGAAGCGCUUCAAUCGCUGGGCUGGGCGAAGAUUACCCAGCGAGAGGUCUGAAGAACGAAUCGGGGUUUAGCGGCGAGUCAGGACCUGGAUUGGAGAAAGAUCUUCCUCUCCCGGCGAGAAAUGAUGAUGCGAAAGUGGAGACGGUGUUGGGAAGAGACUUACCGACGGGAAGUCAUGAUCAGUUCUCACCGGAACUUUCUCCUCCGAAAAAGAUAGAUGAUUUCGAGGGGACAAGAGAUGAGGCAAAACCCAGCACGUACACGGAGAAGAUAGGUUCAGCGACUUCGUUCGUAACCGACAAAGCUAUAGCGGCGAAGAACGCAGUCGCCUCGAAGCUAGGUUACUCCGGAGAAAGCGGCGGCGGCGGAGGAGGAGUGCAAACACAGAGCCCGGUUGGAGUUGAUGAAACGACUCCGAGAUCUGCGACGGGAUACGGUCAGAAAGUGGCGGGAACUGUUGCGGAGAAGUUGACUCCGGUCUACGAAAAAGUCAAAGAAACAGGAUCGAACGUGAUGACGAAGUUGCCACUUUCCGGAGGUGGAAGUGUAACGGAGGAGAAACAGCAAGGAGUAGACAAAGGUGUGUCGACUAGAGACUACUUUGCUGAGAAACUGAGACCUGGAGAAGAAGACAAAGCAUUAUCGGAGGUGAUUGCGGAGAAACUUCAUCUCGGAGGAGGAGGAGAGAAGAAGAUGACGACGACAAAGGAAGUGGAAGUGACUGUGGAGAAGAUUCCCUCUGACCAGGUACCGGUGGAGAAGAUCCCCUCCGAUCAGAUAUUGGAGGAGAAAGAACAUGUAGGAGGAGGAGGAAUGGUGGGGAAGCUUAAAGGAGCGGUCAGUUCUUGGCUCGGUGGUACAACUGAGGAAGUGAAGCCUAAUAAGUCUUCAGAUUCCGUUGACGAGUCGUCACAGUCGCUUGGCUCCACCGUUGGGACUAUGGGAUUUUCGGAUUCCGGUGGAGUUAUACCAGGGCAGAGAGGACUUCAAGAUUCUGGAAACUGA